AGCUUGUGUCCCGCGCGACAUCAUUGGUACCGAGCUCCAUCUUCUUCACGUUCUUGUCCUUCUCCCCCGUGGCUUUACCUGUCGUCCGUUCUCCAUCACAAGCUCUCGGAGAGCAGAGCAAAAGAUCUCCUUCCCGAGAACACCCUCUCUCUCUCUCUCUCUCUCUCUAGCUGAUGGUUCUCCGCGACCGCGAAUGGAGGCCCGAAGAACCAGCCGCGACUCUUCGAGAUCGAGCUCUCUGACGAUCGGCGAGCGGAUCUGUGCCGCUUUCAUACCGCUCGCGUCGAUAGCCGAGGUCGUGGCUUUCGCCGUCGGCAGUUGCUGCGAGAACCGGGCGAGGCGCGACAAGAAGGGUCGCUGCUACCGGUUCGGCGACGUCAACCGCCUCGCCAGCGAGACGAGAUUUACAAGUAAUGAAGUCGAAGCGCUGUACGAGCUUUUCAAGAAAUUGAGCAGUUCUAUUAUUGACGAUGGCCUAAUUCACAUGGAAGAGCUUCAAUUGGCACUACUCAGCACUCCUACGGGAGAGAAUCUUUUCCUAGAUCGGGUAAUGCAUCUCCUUCAUCUGUACGGCACUACUUAUAAUUUUUCACGAAAGAUGGAUCAAUUGAUUUGUUCAUUAAUCAUGGCAAUGUAAGGACAUCUGGUUGAUAAUCUGGUAGCAUAUAUGGGUCCAUACUUGGGGGGGACAGAGCAUAUUACACAUUGAUUACGUGACGAAAGUUUCUGUCUUGUUCCAUUUCAUCUCUGAAAUCUGCAAAUCUUAUUAAAAUCGGAUGGGUGAAUUAUGGGUAUGCCUCUAUCGCUCCGGGAGAUCUUUCAUUGUGUGAUCUGAAAAUCCUUCAAAAAACAAUGUGGAGGGACCGUCACUUGUUUUGGCCAAAUAUUUAUUUGGUUCUUGUGGAUAAGUAAAGAAUUAUUCUAUAAAAAUUGCCGCUUGUCUAUGAGACAUCUUGGAUUAUCUUUAGGCUCAGCACCCCUCUCUCUCUCUCUCUCUCUCAUGUGCUGUGCGGUGGAACUUCACUUUGAUGGCUUUGUUAGUGGAUGGUGUCAUAAAACUAGUAUAAAUGUGACAAGCGGAUGGUAAAAUCUCAAAUUAAUAGAACAAUCAAUUAUUACGUGUCAUCCAACUCAGCAAAUUGAUAGUUUAAUGGAAAUUAACAAAAGAUAAAUUUGUUAUAAAUGUAAGUUUGGGAGAAAUUUUUUCAAAGGUGUAUCGGUUUGAGGCUUUUGGUGGAAAAAAAAUUAGUUUGGGGUAAAUUUAUUAUAUGUGUAUUAGUUUGGAAUUUUUCGUGUUAUUAACUCCAAAGAAAAAGCUUAAUCAUUUGACCACGUGCUGUGCGCACUGUUUUCUUCCUACUUCCUCAUUAAUUGAAGAAUUCCCGUGUACCGUGGACUUAUAAAACAAUAUUCUAUGCUUAGUUACCACGAAAUGUUAUAUAGCCCUUUCAAUAUAUCAUAAAAUAAAAUAAAAAUCACCUUUGACGUCUUUCAGUUGAUUAAUCUAGUAAAAUUAAAAUGCGGGACAUCCAAUUAUUGCGAAUAACGUAAUAUAAGGUGUUGAUUCAUAGAUUUUUUUUUUUUUUUUU